UCACCGGGAUAGAUAGAACCAUUGGUCCUAAUUCCUCAGCCCUCCCUGCACCCACCGCUUGCAUGGUUUUGUGGUGGGUGGAGGGUACUUUGCCCCCUGGCUUGGGGCUUGCCCACGUGGCUUGCUUUGGCCAUGGAAUGAAGCAGAAACGAAAGCCUGCCGGUUCCGAGCCGCGGCCUGAAGACGCCUCAGGCGGUUCCGCCGCCCCCGUGCGCUUCCCCCUUCACCCAGAAGCCCUUCUCUGGUGCAGCCGCUGCUUCCUCAGCCGCGGCCCAGAAGGAACGGCCCCUGGCCAAUCCGCAGGCCUGCAGGGAGCCGCAGAGCGCAGCAGCCGGCCCAGCGUUCAAGCCGAAGCCCAGGACUGCGAGAACCUUAUUCUAGCCGCCGUUCUGGACGGUGGAUUAGGACGCGUUGCUGUGGCAGAAGCUCAGUGCAUGCACCCGCUCCUUCAUUAGGCUAUAGGGCCAGCGGCUGCGACAGGGACCUGAUACAACAGUGCGUUAAAUAAGGAGCUUAUUGAGCUCUCCUGCCGUAAGGCGGUGGAGAAGUCCAGGGCCAGUGUGGGGGCUCCAGCCGGGGCUGAGGCCCAUCCGCGUGGAACCUCACUCUGGUUCGCAGGUUGUGGUUUUAGGAGCCUUCAGCCUGGCGAGCCCCAAACGGUCCACAGGGCGGCGCCAGACCCUCUUCCCAGCGCCACCUCUAAAGCCUUGGCUCCAACCAGUUCCGCUUCUGCUUCAGGCUCGGGAUUUUCACUCUUCUCAAGUGGGGGUGGCCCUCUCCCGAUCUUCUGAGUCGCAAGAGCAUCUCUUUCCUCCAGGACCUCAGAGCCAGAGCUAGGCGAGAGGUUCUGACCUCCAGGGUCGGGGUGGCGUCCCUGUGAAGAUGCGGUCCUUCCUCCCGUCCCCAGGCGCCCGGCCUCUUCCACCCUCAGCCCCCUGGUCGCUUCCAGCUGAAGACGCCAGCGCACCUC